UGCAAGUGAAAUCAAAUUCCAUCUGCUAUCUCAUUUUAAUGGAGGCCAUAAACAUACUUUACUUCAUGUCAUCCAUAUGGAUUCUGUCGAGUGUGAGUGCUCAACAUACCAUACCUGCAAAUCAACCUCUAACAGAUGGAAGCACCAUUAUUUCAUCAGAUGGCAAGUUUAAGUUGGAAUUUUUUUCCCCUGGGACAUCCGGGAAACGCUACUUAGGAAUAUUGUUUAAUAAAGUUACUGUACAGACAGUGGUAUGGGUUGCUAAUAGAGACAAUCCACUCAAUGACACAUCGAGUGUGCUAAAUUUUACCAGACAAGGAAUACUUACUCUUCUAAAUGGUUCUGGCAGAGUCAUUUGGUCCUCCAAUUCCACUAGACAUGGGCAAAAUCCAGUAGCACAACUCCUUGAUUCAGGCAAUCUUGUUGUUCGAGAUGCAGCCGAGGAUAAGCCUCAGAACUACCUGUGGCAAAGUUUUGACAAUCCAGGUGACACGGCUUUACCUGGAAUGAAGGUUGGGAUUAAUCUGAAAACUGGUUUUCAUCGUUCCCUUUCGUCAUGGAAGAGUACAAAUGAUCCUUCCAGGGGUCAGUUUACCUGGACAUUUGAUACUGGUGGAUUCCUACAAACAUUCGUUAUGAAUGGUUCCAUUGAACUCUACAGAGCUGGACCAUGGAAUGGCCGAGUCUUUCCUAAUGCACCAUCUCGUGACACAUCGUGGAAUGGUUAUAAUUAUACAUACUUAUCUGAUCCUAAUGAAGUAUCAUUCAUGUAUGAACUUACAGACAGCUCUAUCAUUGCAAGGGUAGUGAUGCAACUAAAUGGAUUUCUACAGCUUUCAGAAUGGAAUAAUCGGACCCAAAAUUGGGACGAUGUUGUCAGUGCACCAGCUGAUAACUGUGACAUUUAUGGCCAGUGUCAUUCAUAUGGUUUGUGCAACAGCGGCAAUUCCCCAAUCUGCAGAUGUUUGGAUAAAUUUGAACCCAAAGAUCCAACAGAAUGGGCAAGGGGAAAUUGGUCUGGUGGCUGUGUUAGAAAGACAGCAAUAUUGAAUUGCCAAAAGGAAGUUAAAUUCUUCAAGUAUCAAGGCAUCAAGUUGCCAGAUACUCGUUUUUCCUGGUACAGUGGAGGAGUGACUCUUAAUGCAUGCGAAGAAUUGUGCUUGAGAAACUGCUCGUGUAUGGCUUAUGCAAAUCCAGACAUAACAGGGACAAAUGAAGACUGCUUGCUUUGGUUUGAUGAGCUGAUGGACAUCAGAGAGUUUGGUGCUACUGGGCAAGAUAUCUAUGUAAAGUUGGACUCUUCUGAGUUUGGUAACUCCAGUACAGGGAAAGUAAACAAACUGACAAUCAGCUUGCCACUGGCAGCAUUAGGUCUGCUCCUAGUACUAUGCUUAAUCAUGUACAUAAGGCAAAAGAAGAAGAAUCAGCAAUAUUUUAGAAAAGGAAGAAGAACAAGAAUCUCUGAAAUGUUCUGCACUAAAGAAAGGAAAGAUAAAGAGCUAGAUUUACCAUUGUUUGAUUUUGAAACUAUAUCUCAUGCUACCAAUAACUUUUCAUUGAACAACAAGCUUGGAGAGGGUGGUUUUGGACCUGUUUACAAGGGUAUGCUGAAAGAUGGACAAGAAAUAGCAGUAAAGAGACUUUCAAGAUACUCAGCACAGGGAACUGACGAGUUCAAGAAUGAGGUUAUCUUCAUUGCUAAACUCCAGCAUAGGAAUCUUGUGAAGCUUCUUGGUUGUUGUAUCCAAUCAGAAGAAAAAAUGUUGGUUUAUGAGUACAUGCCUAAUAAUAGCUUGGAUUGGUUCCUUUUUGAUACAGAUAGGAGGUCACUGCUUGAUUGGCCUAAGUGCUUCCAUAUUAUUAAUGGAAUUGCUCGCGGACUUCUCUAUCUUCAUCAAGACUCAAGAUUGCGGAUAAUCCACAGAGAUCUUAAACCUAGCAAUGUUUUGCUAGACAUAGAUAUGAACCCAAAGAUAUCCGACUUUGGCAUGGCAAGAAGUUUUGGAGGAAAUGAGACUGCAGCCAUGACAAAAACAGUGGUUGGGACAUAUGGAUACAUGUCCCCGGAGUAUGCAGAAAAAGGAGCAUUUUCAGUGAAAUCAGAUGUAUUUAGCUUUGGAGUUCUAGUACUGGAGAUUUUAAGCAGGAAGAGAAAUAGAGGGUUCUUGCAUCCAGACCAUAACCAUAAUCUUCUAGGACAUGUGUGGAUCCUUUUCAAAGAAGGCAGGGUUAUGGAAGUAAUUGAUACACAACUAAGGCAGUCAUGCAAUCGGUCUGAAGUUCAAAGAUCAGUUCAUGUAGGUCUGUUAUGUGUGCAGCAGUGUCCAGAAGAUAGGCCGAAUUUGGCAUCAGUUGUGCUCAUGUUGGGUAGUGAUGUCGCACUACCCUCGCCUAAAGAGCCAGGCUUUUUCAAUGGCAGGAACCAAUUCACUGAAGCUGACAGUUCAUCUAGCAAGCAUGGCGAAACUUCAGUGAAUGAAUUAAGCAUCACACAGUUGGAUGCCAGAUAGGAGAUAAAUUUUCAGGUCAUGGAUGUUUUCUGUACGCUAUAGUAACUUAAUUGUUGCGGUCAUAUAGAACAAGAACUACUGGUUGUUCAACUAAAUAGUUUUACU